UGCUGGUCUCUGUCUCCCCCUGUCGGCGGGAAAUGGAAGCGUUUUACAGUCAGGAAAGUUAGAGGUGUGAUCGCAGCGGUUCGGUACCGGGUCGGACUCACUGUCUCUGGGUGUGGCGCUCUAGGCGUGUCCGGGUAUUGACUCUCUGCCAGCACAGGCGCCGUCGGAAUCCAAUGGUAGCUCCGCGGACCAGUGGUGUCUUGGUGACUUCACCGCCGGAUUCUUCACUGUCCAGCUCCAAAAUGGCGAAGACUUUAUUAUUGAACACCUGCCUGCUGCUGCUCCUGUCCCAGGUGGAAGCGUGUUCCAUGCCAGGGUCGCGGUACCUCGUCGUACCUGGGGGAGUCGAGGUCGGACGGACGAUCACUCGAGUGGAGGUGACCGACUGCGACCCGGGCUCCGUGCAGUUGUCAGUGGAGGAUCCAAGUUUCGAGGUCCACGCCAACGGAGACGUGGUGGCGGUGAAGCCGGUGUCCGUGACGGCGGAGGGUCGGACAUUUUACGUCCGAGCUGUGGACGGCCGGGGCUCGCGGGCUCAGAUGGAAGUCCACCUCCUCAGAGGCUCGGUGGACGUGAGACAGCCAAAAAGAACAGACCUCCUCAAGCGGACGAAAAGAAGAUGGAGCCCGCCACCAUUCAACAUACUGGAAAAUGAAAAGGGGCCUUUUCCCAGGGAGAUCGAGAGGAUCGUCUCUGACUCCGAAGCCAAGUACGACGUUUACUACACCAUCACCGGUCCCGGGUACAACGAGUAUCCGGUGGGCCUGUUUCAACUGGACUCCAAGACCGGCAUGUUGAGUGUGACCGGGCCGGUAGAUCGAGAGCAAUUCCCCAAGUUUGUUCUGACAACACGAGUUUUUGACGUGAAAACAGGCAAGGAGACGGACCUUCCGCUCCCCAUCCAUAUCGUUGUGGAUGACAUGAACGACAAUGCUCCAGAGUUCCAAGGCUCCAUGCAGCUCUCUGUGGAUGAGCAGAGCAGGGCAGGGACGGUGGUGGGGAAGAUUAAUGCCACCGACAAAGACCAGCCGGGAACCAAGCACGUCAAGAUUAAAUACACUCUCCUGAGUGGAUUGGACCUGUUUGCCAUCAACCCGUCGACGGGGGUCAUCACCACGGUGACCAACACUCUGGACAGAGAGACGCAGGAUAAGUACCUGGUGACCGUCAAACUGCAAGACAAUGACGGCGCAGUGGACGGGAACCCCACCACGGGGACGGUGACCAUCUCUGUCGGCGACAUCAACGACAACCCGCCUACCUUUAAACAAGCCUCUUUCAAGGCCGACGUCAAAGAGAACGAGAAGGACAAGCUCAUCCUGCGCAUCCCAGUGGACGAUAAAGAUUUGAUCAAAACGCCAAGCUGGAAUUCUAAAUUCGUCAUCAGCAAGGGGAACGAGAACGGAAACUUCAGGAUCGACCGAGACCCCGCCACGAACGAGGGGCUGCUUUAUGCCGUCAAGCCACUGAAUUUCGAGAAGACUCCGACCGUGAAGCUGGAAGUCACGGCCCAGAACGAAGUCCCCCUGGACGGCACCGCCGCCAAGUGGAACACGGCGCCCGUGGAAGUGUCGGUCGGCGACAUCGACGAAGGACCGGAGUUCACCGCCCCGACCGUUCGCUUUUCUGUCAAGGAAAACACGCCGAACGGCACCCUGAUCGGGAGCUACAUCGCCGUGGACCCGGAGACCAAGACCAGCGACGGCAUCAAGUAUUACAAAACCACAGACCCGGGAGGCUGGGUCACCGUGGACCGGAACAACGGCGAGCUGCGCGUCGCUAACACCAUCGACAGGGAGUCCAAGUUGGUCAAAGACGGAUUAUACACCAUCACUAUGAAGGCGGUCGACGCAAGCUCCAAGACCGGCACAGGAACAGUGAUCCUGGUGGUGGAGGACGUCAACGACAAUGUCCCGGUGGUCCCGCCGGGUGCGCUGGUGCUGUGCGAGAAGGAAGGCGAGCGGGGUUCCGUGCUGGUCGUGGCGGAAGACUUGGACAAUUCUCCGCAUUCUGACCCCUUUAGCUUCAGUCUAACGAAAGACCACGACGGGAAGUGGUCUCUGACGCGAUCGAAUGGCACGUCAGCCAUAUUGCAGCAGACCAAGGAACUCCCUGUCGGGAUCUACCAUGUGCCCGUGGAAAUCGCAGACUUGCAAGGGUCUUUCAAAGAGCAGAAGGUGAAGGUCCGGAUCUGCCAGUGCCGCAACGGGAAGUGCCUCAACAAACCCUUCUCCACUUCCCUGGGCCCCAUGGGAUGGCUGGCCCUGCUGUUGCCCCUCCUCCUGCUGCUCCUGCUCUUCUUGCUGCUCGCCUUCUUCUGCUCCACCAAGGGCGAGAAGCUGUCGCUCCACGACAUGGGCGGGACCGGCGGCAACCUGCUCAAAUCGAACAUCGAAGCGCCGGGAGAGGAAGUGGAUUUGAGUCUCAUCCAGGCUCCAACAGCACCCGAGAUGGACACGUCCACCAAGGUGGGCGGCCUGCCCCAGUUCACCGGCCAGAAGAGCUCCAGCACCAUCGGCAUGCACGAUGGUGCUGGAGGCUUCUACACCACCAAGACGGACGUGAGGGAUUUCUACGCCUCCAACUACGAGUCCCAGUACAACAAUCAGCUGUACAGCGCCAACCAGCUCAACACCCUCAACCGGGGCAUGAUGCAGGACUCUGCGUUUCUCCACACCUGGCAGACCAACGGCCGCUAUUUACACGGGAAACUGGGCUACCUGGGAACGGAGGAGGACGGCCGCUACGCCGAUGACAUCAUCCACUCCUACGGCUACGAGGGCAACGGCUCCAGAGCCGGCUCGGUGGGAUGCUGCAGCGACUUCGCGGAGAAUGACAACCUGGACUUCCUAAACACACUGGGACCUAAGUUCAAGACUCUGGCUAGCGUCUCCAAAAAGUCAUGAACAGUGAAACCGCAGCCCUGAACACGAGCGAAGUCAAGCCGAGCCGCGGUUCUCCGUUAGAAUAGUUUUGGUAUAUUUUUCUGCUCCAAGUCUUUUGCACUGAAAACUCCGCUGAAACUGUAAAUAUGUUUUGUAAGCUUGCGUAUGCGUUCGGCUGCGAUGGGUAUUGAAUCAAAGUUAAACCGAAGUCAUGAUUGCCGGUGUGUGAUUCCGAUGGUGUCGUGGGUGUUUUGAUAUAGUUUUAUAAAUAACUGACGGUAGGAGCAAGCAGGUCUCAUUGUUUUCAAAUCAGUAUUUUGUCUCCCUAAUUCCACACGUGUGCACACUCACCGUGCACCGUGCUCUGGGUUAGGGUGUGUCUUCAAGGCCCCGCAGCAACAUUCUGACAGUGAUCCAGUGGAGGUUGGCACUGGGGUGUGACCGCGCUGACGGGCCUCCGACUCAGGUUGCUGGAAUUUCAGUGUUGUUGCGUUCAAAAAUAUCAAGAUAAACAUGUUAAAAAGGAAGCGUUUUUAUGAGUGUGUGGAUUUGUGUCGCAUUAAAGAAUCAAAGGUUGAAUUCUGAAUCUCCUGGUAAUAAUUGUGUCGUAGAAUUCGUCAAACAUUUAUUACAGUUAAUGUGUAGACUUAAACUCAGAGCGUCACAGACUCCAAUUCAGCAGAAGCGAAGCUGGUAUGUGGAGUGGUGACCUGUCCAGAGUGUCCCGCGCCUCACGCCCGAUUGCCAACUGUCGAAUACACCUUGCAACCGAAACAAUCCUCUUAGUCAGCACUUUCACAGUCGGCUCUUUGUCCUCACACUGACAGUGGUGAAUUAUUUACUGGGCGUGUCCACGUGAGUUUGCUCCAGGUGCAAUAGGACACUUGGUGCUGCUACAAACAAACGUAACCAUCUGAAAAUGAUCGAGUUACUGGAGUUGCACGACCAGCUCAGUCAGGAAGUGUUUUUUUUUUUUUUUUGGCAGAAAAAUAACAUGCAUUAGACUGUGAAAUGGAGUAUUUAAAAU